CGCGAAAGCACUUGAUUUUUAGAUUUCUUGAAUAUUUAUUAUCGUAUUGGAUCAUGGUACCCACUCGAAAUAAGUCACUUGUCUUUAAACUACAUAUAAUAGAGAGGGCUGUAAACUCGAUAUUGGGUUGGCUCAAUCUACUAGCCUAUACACGGUACGAAGGGUGUGAUCACAGUAUUGUCUGUUAAAUAUGAACGAGAGCUGACGAAGAUCGGUCCUUUGCAUAUUUGGUACCGCUGUAAGCAUAUCCUUUAUUAAAAUCGAGUACUUGGAUGUGGAAAACUUUGUGGAUUUGCGUGAUUGAAAAGAAUAUUUUGAAACCCCGGUUUCGCAGGACUACAUAUGCUCUACAGUAAACAGAUAUAUACCACUAUGUAAUACUCACAAUAGCUGCACUAUCACUAAAUAUCUCACAGUCGGACCAUGACUGUCGCGCGUUGUCUAAGUGCACAUAUCCCUUUCUACUUUCAGUAUAAUAGCUACACUUGAAGGCACAGUACGUUCAACUAUGCUAGAGAACCUAUAUCUCACAGCUGGGUGUAAAUGUCGUGUCGCACAUGACAAGAGUCUAGUUGAUGCUUGCUCGAUUUUAAAGCUUGUAUACAGCUAGUUCCAGCUCUUGUAUUGCAGACAAGAGUUUUAACUUAAAUACGUGCAGGUUUCGGACUUUAUACCGGCAAUCACUACACUAUACAUCAGAUGCGAACCUUGGUGAUAUAGAAAGACGCGUACUCGACGCAUAGGAAAGUCAUGUGGUCAGUUACAAAAUGCGAUGUGAUUUAUUUAAAAGUUGCGAUAGCAAUUGUACACGGGAACUAACCAAUUGUGUGUAUCUAGCAAUGUUGCAAGCCCAGGUCACAUAUAGUGCCGAAGUGCGAGAGCCUGUCGAAAGCAGAGAUGUCCUCAUGGCCGACAUCAGUAGUCAGGAGGAUGCCAUUGAACUGGACGAACUGCAGGCAUACAUGAAGGAUCCCAAGGUUACUCUGCACGACAAGGUCACACGUGUGAGCCGGGCGUUAGACCAGCUUAGAGAAGAUCGCAAAGCUAGAAUUGAAGAAGCCAUGAAAGAAACGGUUGCCGUGCUCGAGAACAUCGCUGAGGAUGUCAUGCGACAUUGUGGCGAAGUAGCCUCUGUCAGUCUCGACAUUCAACAAGCGCGUAUUGACCAAAUCAUGGCCGUACUUCGUGAAAUCGCACGCAACGAUGACAAGUGCGCACUGCAUAAGUCUUCGCUGCAGCGGGUUUAUAACCAAGUCGUAAGCAAGGUAGUAUGACAAGGUGCAACACGUAGAAGUACUCGUGUCAACAAAGGGCAAUGUGUACCUCGUAACUACGAACACAUAAAACCUGAAUGCCACGACAUCGCACACCUGGGCCGUAUUCGCCAAUCGUAAAUCGGAAGUAAAUCUGGGGUCGAUGGAUUUCAGAUUUAUGUGGUGUUAGAAAUCCUGCUCACUUCUCCGUGGCCGCACUUUGCUCCUAGGGCGAAGAAUAAAUACUCUCACAUCCGC